AUGACCAUCAAGGCGCAGUCCUUGGCGGAUUUCGUCACUGAGGUACACAAUCUUGAGCCUGAAGCCAUUUGGAAAAUAUAUGUGGAUGGUUCGUCUACUCGGCAAGGGAGUGGUGUCGAUAACAGAAGGUUGUUUGUCGGCCAGAGACUCCGAGAAUGGUGCGGAGGAUAUGGCAUUCAGCAAGCCUUCACCUCGGUAGCCUACCAUCAAAGCAAUGGGCAAGCGGAGGUUGCCAACCAUGAAAUUUCCAAAAUCCUCCGCGCUCGGCUUGACCAUAUGGGAGGUAGGUGGGUCGAUGAGCUCCCCAUCGUACUAUGGGUGCUUCGUACGACUCCUAAGGAAGGGAUCGGGGCAACAACUUUCCACCUGGUGUACGACGGUGAAGCGGUCAUCCCCGUCGAGGUCGACGUUGAAUCCAAUCGGAUACAACACUACAGCAAGGACAACACCGAGUGGAGGCUCUUGGAGCUAGACUUGGUGGACGAGGUGCGCGCUAAAGCGACAGUACGACUGAUGGCCUACCGGCAAAGGAUGAGGCAGAGCUACAACCGAAGGGUGAUCCCAAGAUCAUUUCAGGUCGGCGACUAG